AUGGAGUUCCCGGUCAGGCCCACGACUCUUGCAUCGCAGUGUUAUCCGUCUUCGUCGGACUUUAUCCUGGAUCAUCGCCAUGUCCUCUCCGCACCAAGACCGCCUCUGCGUGAGUCCACUGGCAAUGCUCAGUAUCAUCACUUCCAACAACAACAGCAUGAAGAGCAGCAACUCCGACAACAACAGCAGCAGCAACAACAACUCGGUGCUCUGGUAAGGUCGUCGUAUGCACAUCAUCAGCUCUCCAUUCCUAGUCCACCCGUUAUCCCAACUCAGUCUCUCAGUUCCGCCUAUGGGUCACCCGAGUUCCUAAGGCUACAGCAACGGCAUCAGAUGCAGCUUCAGAGAAGGCAACAUGGCAUCAACCCGAUCUACUUGUCACCUCAGUUCCUCAGUUACAGAAAGAAGCAAGCAAAUAAGAGCAAGGAGGAAAAGUCGGACCAGAAAUGGCCCGAUGUCCUUGAGGAUGCGUUUCUUGACGGUGAGGAUCUUCUGAAUAACCUCGUAUUGUUGCAGAUUAGAUGGCUGAUGCAGCAAAUGGGAAAGAGAAAGUACACGAUGCGUUCGAAGCUCUGGGGUCGGAACAUGUUGAUUGCUGAGUUCCUCUGGAUAGCGUAUUGUGCCAGCUUGCCGCCCGGCACCGAGCCGGACCCGAAAUUGAAGAGAAAGCGAAAGCAGGUGUCGAGUCACAUCCAAGUGUUGAAGAACUUCUUUCUGAAUCAUCGAUGCUUCCACUUCUUCUUCCCUCGACAAGAGAAUAAAGAGGAGAAGAACAGACGACGCAAGGCGGCCAAAAAGCAGCCCUUGUCGGCGACGGAGCUCAAGGAAAUCGAGUCUUUCAAGAAAAACCCGGUGCUGAUUGCCUUGGCAGAGGGUCGUCUUCCCGACGAGCGGCCCAAUUACGAGUACUUUGCCCAGAUCCUUGCACUCAAUGACCAGAUUGCCAUCCGGCCCAAACGAUGUUGGAUCUUCGUAUCACACCCCAACGUCACCGUCCGCGGUGACGGCUCCGGAUACCUUCCCACCACGGGCGACAGGCUGGACAAAAGCGAAUACCCUCACCUUGAACGCAACCUUGAAAAGGAGAAAUGGGCCAAGGAAGAGCAGCAGAUCUUCAAAGGCUCGCUGCUGCACGAGUUUACAAAGGGAAUUCGUCAGGUAGAGUCCAGCACUGUCCGGGAAGUCAGCAGGGGGUGGGAGACCUCGUUUCCCGAACUCCAUGAGCGGCUUGAGGCCAUCAUCGCCGCCGACAGUCGCUGCGACUACUUGCACAUGAACGUCGCCUUGGAGCUCAAGGAGAGGCGAGGGUUUCCCAACCAGUCGGACUUUAAUUCGUGGUUUGAGAUCAACAUCGAGCAACCACAGUUGCUCAGCCACCGAUGGAAGGUUGAGACGAAGCUUGUCCGCCCGGCCGAGUUGAGCUUUGUGAGCGAAAAGUCGCCGCCGCAAACAUACUAUGAGACGGGCGCCGAGAUCGCCAUCCAAUACCAGCACCUUCCCGGGUGCGACGGGCCACGGAACGGCGGCGGGCACGAUCAUCAAUGUGACUGCAUCUCGGCGGGCCGACGCCGGGAGUGGGUCAUGGUGCCGUUCCCAGCGGACGCAUGGGCGCGAACUCUUACCAACUGCGCCGAGUAUCCCGCUCACCCGUUUACCGGUGUGCGGCGAGGCAACAACAAAAGAGUGGCGGCGGCGGCUUCUCUGAAGAGAGAGGAUUCCUCCGACGACAAUGACGACACCGAGAGCACCAGCACCCGAUCCAGCGUCGGCGGAGACGGAGGCCAACCAACGCAAAUGGAACUGGUCCCCCAGAUCGCCAUCCUCCAAGAGAUCUGGUCCUGUCCACCCGAACAGUCUCCUCUUGAGCAGCAGGAUGGCGCCGGCGCCGGCACCGCAAGCCACCAACAGCCACAAUGGACCCGCCGUGCCGUGAUCCUCUGGACAUUCGAAACCAUCCACAGCCUCGACAGCGACGGCAAGCUCCCCACCGCGCAAAGCGGCAAAACCAGCUGGCGCUUCCUGACCGUCCUUGACCCGACCAGCCCCUACCAUCAGCAAAAGGCCCUGCUUAGCAGUUCAGAUGCCGCUGCUGCUGGACAAGUCAUUGGACCAAACCGCCACACCACCACCGCCGCCGCCGGCGGUAGGACUUCCCUGAGCAUCAACCCCCAUUAUCCCGGGACCUCCCAUGGCAUGGGCGCAACAGAAGCAUUCAUCCCGUCGCCCAUCUCCUCAUCAAUGGGAACCACGCCCGGCAUGGGGGGUCGCGCCGGCGACCUAAUCAUGUCCCCAGCAACCAGCUACCAGCACCACCUUCAGAACGCCGCCGCCGCCGGGAUGAGCGACGUGUACAACACCUCCGCCUCCGCCGCGGCUUCGGCCACCGCCACAGCUACUUCCGCAUGGGGAGGAGGAGGUGGUGGUACUGACACGCGGGGCUCCUUCUCCUCUGUAGGGUCGGGCGCUACCCAUCUCAGUUCUGCAACAGGCUAUGAUGCCCAGUUCCACAUGAUGCUUGAGCAUAGCAUGAGGGGAGGCGGACAUGGAGCAGGGCAAAGAUUGGGGAGUCACAGUGGUGCCAGCGUCCACUCGGGCUUGGAGACGCCUCCUCCUAGCGCAACGAUGAGUAACUCGUUCACUCACAACUUUGAUGCCGCCGGUGGUGGUGGUGGGAGCCAGCAGCAACAGCAGCACUACAGUCACAGUCACAGUCAUCAUCAUCAACAACAUCAGCAUACAGGUCACCAUACUCACACUGGUCUUUCCCAUGCCCAUGCCGCCGCGAGUCAUCAUAAUCCUCAUCCUCAUCACAAUCAUGCCCACCACAAUCCCCCACCACAGCCUUCACUGAGCGAUCUAGCUGCUGUCACGGAUCCGUUUCUGACUGCUGCUGCUGCUGCGUCUGGUGUUGGUGUUGGUGUUGGUGUCUAUGACCCAGUUUCCACGACGGCACCGUCGACUUGGUCUACUACCAGUGGGCUAGAUCCAUCCUGGUCAGCGGCAUCAGCCGGUUACGCCACUGCUAAUUCCGGUGGUGUUACUCAGCAAUGGCCAAGGACAUCAUCAUCUCAACACUUGCAUCCUCAGGCUGCUGCUGCUGCUGCUUCUCAUCAUGGUAGUAACCCUGUUUCUCGAGCGGGGUCUGUUGAUGGACGUGUGCCUUCUUUGCAUUUGAGCCACCAGCAUAGUGGGAACCAAUUACACCACCAGUCAUCUCACCAGCAUCAUCAUCAACAGCAGCAGCAGCAGCAAUGGCCGGCGGCUGAUGACCAUGAUCUCUGGACACCAGCCACGUCAACGGGUCCGGAGGUUCACUGGCCUCCUGUAACCGUUGAUGAACAACAAGAACAUCACCAGUCCCAGUCCCAGUCCCAGCAGCAGCAGCAACAUCAUUAUGCGCGUCAUCAAGAUCAAUACCAACAAUCACACCCUAGUCAUCAGCACCAGCACCAGCAUCGAUCCAUCAGCUCAAACAACUCCCCCGAAGAAGGCCACCACCACCUCUCGCAAGAGUGGGAUGAGAUUGUGGCCAGCGUGAAUGUAUCAUCACAAGAGGCAGCAGCGUUGGUGGAAGAGGUGACACAUAUGGAAAAUGAUUACCACCAUCAUCAACCUCAGCAACUUAUGAGAGGUAUCAAGCGCACGCGAUCAGCUGCUGAUUUGGGAGAUGAUGAUGAGGAAGAAGAAGGGGAUGGCGAUGAUAAUAAUGACGAGGACUAUGAGGAGGACUAG